UAAUUACUCAUAGAAAAUGUCCUGUGGGAAUUUUCCUUAGCUGUAAUGCUCUGUGUGGCUGCUAUUGACAGCUCCAGUGAUGUAUGAUCCUGCUCGAGCACAUCUGAUCUGAAAUGAUAUGAAUUAAUCAACUUAAUUCAUUUGGAUGAAAGGCUAAUCAUAAAUCAUGUAGUUAUUCUGCAAUAUUGUCAAAUUCAUUGUCUUAACACUGUGUUCUCUAGAGUAGCAGACAAGACUUUAGGCCCUAGAGAAUAUCAUGGGGCCUUACUAGUGCAUUAUCCAAUGUGAUGUCAGAAUACAAAGUACAAUGCACUACUAUGGCCUCAUUUAAGAUACUGUGUACAUUUUCAUUCACCAUAUAUAACAGGUGACCAAUUCUUGUGCAGGGGAGCUGGAAUUUACUCCAGCAAACAACAGCACUAGGCAGGAUACACCCUGGCUGGGAUACUAGUUCAUCACGGGGUAUAGACACAUAAACAGACACACUCACACUCACACUAGGCCCAGUUUUCCCAGAAGCCAAUUAACCUAACAGUUUGUCUUUGAAUUGUGGGAGGAAACACACAUGGACAAGAGGAGAGCAAAUAGACUCCAUACAGAUCCAUCCCAGGUCAGGAAUUGAACCCAGGGCCCCAGUGCUACAAGGAUCCAAUGCUAACCUCUGCCACUGUGCCUCCCCGGAUAGUGCCAAACUAUAAUAAAUUGACAAAUAAAAGCUGUGAAGUGUUAGCAGUGUAAUCCAGGGUCACUCUGUCCAUUCCACUGCAGUGCUUUAUGCUCACAAGAUCAAGAAUAAUUACUGAAGAACAAACAACGUAUGAAGGCUAAUAGUUCAUGAAUGUGUGGAAGAAGGAGCCCUCUGGAGUGAAUUCCUGUUAGGGAUUGGACUGGGAGGGCCAUAAGGUGAGUAGCAAGGAGAUGCAGAGACACAUUUUCUGCAGCACUGCAGGAAAUACCCCAGUAUAAGACAAACAUUCCUCCCCAAAUUAACAAAUCAGUCCCAGAAUCCCUUCACCCGUCAGAAUCAGAACAACUACCAAUCCUAGUGGGGGAGGAAACUCAAGCCAACUCAACGGCAACCCAGUUUGUGAUCUCAUGUAACUGCCCAAGGAACAGAAAGUCAGCCUUCUAAUAAUAUGAGGUUAAUGUUAUAUAAGUGUUCGUAAAUUUUUGUUAAUAGUGGCAAGAGUGCAGUUCUUCAAUCCUAGCAGUGCUGCUCUGGGAGUCUGGCAGUGCUGUGAUCCAUUGCCAGCCAGUGGCUUAUCUGACCAGAGGAGUGCGGUCAGUUAAUCACCAGCCUCCGCCUCUGAGUCAAUAUGUGAACAUGGAGGGACCCGACAGGAUCGCUCCGCUGCUGUGUGUUGCUUUUGUGAGUGGGUAUUUGCCCAGGGCCUCCCGCCCUGCCCACACCCCUGCCCUGCGGGUAUAUGAAGGAGGCACAGAGGAGCAGCUCCUCAGUCAGACGUCCCCCUGGCACCUUCUCUGCACACCUGCAGUCGGCAUGGCUAAGUGUCUCGCACUCACUCUCCUGCUCGGAGUUCUCCUGGCGCCCAUCCUCGCCGAGGAGAGUGUGUCACUGGUCAACAAGGGGAAAGAUGGGAAGGAUGUCCACCACACUCUGGUGAUCAACAAGGAGCAGGGAAUCGCUAUCCAGCACGUGGGGGCGGGGCGCCAGUCCGUCACCGCCAUCAUUGACUACAAGACUGGGAUCAUCGCCUACAGGGCAUUUGAGUCGCAGUCCUGUUUCAUCGUCAGGAUGGACCGGGCCACCUUCCCUCCUCUGGACAAACUGAGACAGGCAGCGGAGGAUGAGAAGAGCCAGAAGAAGAGGCCCCCUCCCCCUGGCAAGCAGUACAAUGUCAACCCAGAGCCCAUCAAGGACCUGUCCAAGCUGGGGGCCCCAGUCCAGGCCAUGUGCCACGACCUGCCCACUCACUGGGCCCAGGAGCAGAUCGGAGAAAUGUUCUUUUUUGGUGAAUCGGGAAAGUGCUUCAAUCUGAAUCUCCUCUUCCUCCUCAACAUCAACAUGUGUCGGCACUCUGAGGUCCACUCAUCCUACUACUAAUCGCCUACCCCCUGCCCCGCCACCCUGCCCCUGACCAGAAUCCUGCCCAGAUAUAAUCUGAUAUAAGAGCUAUAAGCUCUUUCUUCCCGCAAAUAAAGGCUUUCAGCUUCAUCACA